GAAGCGGCGGCUGUGGAGGGGCGGCUAUGGUGUGCGACAAGUGUGAGAAGAAGCUUGGAACAGUAAUCACUCCUGAUACAUGGAAAGAUGGCGCAAGAAACACUACAGAAAGUGGUGGUCGCAAAUUAAAUGAAAACAAGGCAUUGACCUCAAAGAAGGCAAGGUUUGAUCCUUACGGAAAAAACAAGUUUGCAAUAUGUAGGAUUUGUAAGAGUUCUGUCCAUCAGCCAGGGUCCCACUAUUGUCAAGGAUGUGCCUAUAAAAAAGGCAUCUGCUCAAUGUGUGGCAAGAAGGUCUUGGAUACGAAGAACUACAAGCAAACGUCUGUCUAACUGUACUGACUAGCCUUUUUAUGAACUUCUGCUUCUGUUUCUUUGUACAGUAACGUUUCUCUAAAGUAAUUUGUGACUAUUACUUUCUGGAAGAUAGUACAUUUACUUGGAAUGAGAGGUAAAGACAGCCUGCUUGCCUAAAAUGUACAUAAUAUUUAAUUGCUGUUUUAGCACUAAUCUGGUAUUUAAAGGUAAUGGCUUUCAGCAGCUGAUACAGUUCAAAGGGAAGGAGAAGAUCCAAGAUCCAAGUGGAUAGGUUGAAACUAGGUUACCCUCAGAACACAGAUUUUUGAGAUGAAUGCUUUUUUCCCUAUCACAAAUCUUCUGCUUAUCUCAUGAUAAUGUUUUGUAGAUAUAUAAUAUAUGAACUUGCAUCACCUCAUUAAAGUACCUUCAUUUAAUUGUAUGCCUAUAGGUAUUUAUAAUUACUCUCAUCUCAAACUGUUAUGACCUUGCUCUUCAGAUUUUAAUGCAAUUGUCCUGUUGUAUUUUGUUUCUGACUACAGUAUAGUUGGUUAAAUCACAAAUUGUUAAACUAGUGAAAUCCAGUGUGUUGUCCUGCCAGUUCUUUCCUUGGCAUUGUUGUGGUUUAGUCCCAGCCAGCAGCCAAGCCCCAUGGAACUGCUCCCUCACUCCCCCACCAUCAGGACUGGGGAGAGAAUUGGAAGGGUAAAAGAUUGAAAACUUGUGGGAUAAAUACAGUUUAACAGGGAAAACAAAACAAAGAAUUAAUACACUACUUCUCAUGGGCAGGCAGGUGUUCAGCCAUCUUCAGGAGAGCAGGGCCCCAUCACCUGUUACGGUUUCUUGGGAAGACAAACUCAUCACUCAGAAUGUCUCCCCUUCUUCUUCUUCCCAGUUUAUACACUGAGCAUGGUGCCAUAUGGUCUGGAUUAUCCCUUUGGUCAGCUAGGGUCACCUGUCCUGGCUGCAUCUCCUCCCAACCUCCCAGAUAGCCCCAACUUCCUCGGCAGUGUGGCAGUACAAAAGGCCUUGGUUCUGUGUAAGCCCUCCUCAGCAAUAACAAACACAUCUCUAUUAUUAACUCUGUGUUCAGCACAAAUGUAGAACAUAGCCCCAGUAAGCCAUUAACAGUGAAGAAAACUCCACCCCAUCCAAAUGGGCACAGGCAUUCGGACUGAUCAGCUGUUCCCUUGUUAGCCUCCAAGGAGACUUUACAUAUGGUAUCAAAUUGCCCAAGGCAAUAAAAUAAUGAACAUCAAUUUCUAAAUGUCUCAGUCUCAUAAUUUUCUAAGUUAGUCUGUCUUUUGGUUUGAAUUUUAUGAUGUAAUUGCUUGUAUACAUGUCAAAUUUAAAAGAUCAAAGCAGGCUGCCUGCUUUUCAGUUCUGGUUUGAUACAAGAAGUUAGUCUCUGAACAUGAGAAGCUGACUAGCUUUGCAAUUCUUUUGACUUUUGCUUAGUUUCUACAUAUUAAAGCAAUUUCUGUUAUGGAACAUAACAAUUACUCCUUCUGCAUGUGUUUUAAGAAAAAAGAAUAAUUCAUUCUUAAUUAAUGGUUUAAUUUUUAAUUCAUUCUCAAUUUAGAGCAAAGAAUUACUCCUUCUUAAUUCAUGGUGGAGUUUUAAGUGUUUACUCCUCCCUGCAACCUCCUCCAGGCGUUUUCAUACUUCUGCAACUGUCUUCCAACUGUAAAAGAAAAACUAUCAAUGGGAAUUUCCCUGUGAACAGAUACUCUGUUUUGGGUUUCCUUUUGUUCUCGUGUUAGUACAGAGGAAACUGCAUGAUUAAUGGAAACUGAAAAAAUUGCUGUUUUUUCUGUGGGUCAAAAUGAAGAACACAGUAUACAAUUAUCCUCUUUGCUAUUGCCUUACUGACAUGCUGUAGUUAUGCUGCAAGUAGCCCUCUAAAGGGGAUUGUCUGACAUUUCCUGUCACCCUUAACUAUCCAUUGUUGAGCAUUUAUCACCAAAGUGUCUCAUUCAAACGUGUUGGCUUCCUGCAGUUGCUAAUGAGGUAAUUAUUUUUGGCAUUUUAUAUUUGAUGAGAAGCUUUGUGAGGAUAGUGGAAUGAGCUGGGCCUCCCAAAAGAAGAGAGGAAUGCCACUGCUUUUUAUCUGUAAGAGCUUCUACUUAACAAAUGCAUGGAGGUACAUGGAUUAGCUAGCUGGUGAUAGCUUGGUGGUGGCCACUUGUUUCCUAACACAUCAAGGAAAACCCAUAUUAGUGUAUAUCUCUAUGACACAUCCUUUAUAUGGCUGAGAAGAAAAUGUCUGUAAUUGGCUUCAAGUGUCACCACAAAUCUUGUCAGAAGUGUGUGUGCAAUUUCAGGUGGCAGGUUCUCCAAUAAUCCCUGAACUCUUCACCCUUUAUGGAUAUGUGCUGUAAGAUUGAUUGAUUUUUGCUAUUCUGUGAAUAAAACUAC